AUGUCAUGCAUGGAGCAACCAGAGGCCUUCCUUAAUCAUGUCCGAGACCACCACCUCAUUCCGGAGGAAAUGUACAAGGUGAGAGCAGUAGACACAGCCGCCCACUCAACGUUUAACCAUUCAGCGGUAACAUAACAAAUUGUAGAGAAAAUCUUUGGUAACAUUCAUUCUCCUAUUUAGAAACAAUAGAAAUUACAGGUCUCUCUGAAUGUUGUAAAAGUAGAAAUUGGAGUUGAUAAUCAUUGAUAAGUAAUACCUGACGUAUGUAUAUAUAUUUAUGUCUGUCAUGUGAACUGAUAAUUGAGAUGGUAGUUUCUUCUAGAGAAUAAAGUCUAUCACUCCACUCCACCCUCAGUUAAAAAUAAAAUAAAAAAACAUAUUGGACCAUAGGCGCGGCCAAACUGGCACGUUGAUUUUAUCCGUGUCUGUGAAUUCCAACGCUUUCUCAUAGGAGUCAUACGCAGGCCAGUGCCAGGACGAAUCAGUUGGACAGAUUUCUAUAGGCAGGCCCGUUUAUUUGUGCACGAAUUGUGUUAAUGGGUGUUAUAAUAAAGACCAUAGGCAGCUCAUGAGUUUCAAGUUUGGGGAAGCUUACAAUUUAGCCUACCAUUUCUACCUACAGUAUCUGUGUGCCAAUUAUGAUAACUUUAAAUGCAAAUUUUCCUGGAACAGUUUAAUUUCAAUAAUAACGUUUUCGUUUCUCAAAAUUAUUGUCAAAUGGUUAAUCAAAAAAAUAUAAUGCAAGAGCACCCACCUUUGCCUUAUGGACACAUUGAUACACCUUGAUCCAUUUGCGGCUAAAGAAAUUAGCACAUGGAACUCAGAGAUAGCCUAGGCUAUAGGCCAAUGCAGCAGUAGGCCUAUAACUUCCAUUGUCAACUUAGUAAAAUACAUAGGCCUAAAGCCGAAAAAAUUAAAACUGUAGAAAAUAUCCGGAUGAAAAUGCAGGUUCUUUCAAUUGCAUUAAUCACGAUACUCCGCCUGUCUGCCUCCCUUUCUCUCUGUCUUGACUUGAGCUAUCACUAUGCCACAUUGUAUCAACUCAGCAGGUUGGCGUGCUCAGGCUCACACAAUCUCUCAAAGUUAUCAGGACAGAGAAACCACACAGGUGCUCAUUGCUCACAUGGAGCACUCCAAACAAAAGACAAUGAAAAAAAUUGAUAAAACUCUUAAAUGAUGGUUAUGAAGUAAACCAAAACAUGUUUCUCACAAGUGUAGAAGGCUGUGAACUCUGCAAACAACGUUUCCACUCCGAGAAUGAGAAAGGUAAAUGACUGUAAUACAUGCGUUAAAAUAAAUGAAUGUAACCAAAUGAAAUGACGGGGAUUAACGGUACAUUUACUAUGCCUACUGGUUACAUAUGUAAUGGAGAAUUGAUCCAAAUAAACAAUCAAAGGGCAAUGAAACAAUAAAUGUGCAAGAAUUGGCGGGAGACAGCGGAACACAUUCUGGAGAGCUGAGUGCAUGCAUUUUGGAGAGAGACGCCCAUAUCUUCGCCACACACCCCUCCCCUUCUUCUUGUCUAAACAUUUUAAAUUAAACUCAAGACACAUUAUCUUCACACAUUUGAGAUGCUUUUCACUGACAGCCGCAACACAAUAAUCAACUAGGCCUAUUGCCAUGCGUGCUGCCCAAAUUGCUGGCUUCCCAAAUAGGCCUAUCCACAGCAUUAAAAAAAUAAGAUAAUGAUCCUCUGUGGCUAAGUCAAGCUCUCUGGUAAAGUAUUUUGAAUGAUUUUAUUUAGACAGGAGUAAUUAGGGGAAGCAUCCGAACAGUGUACUGUGCACUCACCAACUUUCCUUUCUAAUUUGCAAGUGGCUGAAAUAUAAUCAUGCAAGUUGCUCUGUAUAUGCUCAUGUCUCCACCCUAAGUCGUUGUCACAAAGGCGGGAAUGCAGGCGACAAGCUUAGGUCUGCUUAUGCCCAUACGCAUAGGACUUAUUCAGGGCAGAUUUUGGCGAGAGUGAGCCCUCUCGCAUCGCCUCUUCCUCUCUGCUGAAUCUAGCGAGCGAAACAGCGCCCCUCUAUUUUACUAUAUGUAACCCAUGUGUCUGAUGCUGUCUGGCCAGAAAUGCCAUACUCCUUUUGUCCAGACAGCAUCCGAUGUCUGGUCCGGACCGACCCAAUUUGGGUUGUGUUCCCCUGCUCAGACGUUGCAUGCAUCAACCAAUGGUUGCAUGCCACGUCAUCAACUGUGAUGUCUGGCACCAGAAUGCUAUAACAUAUGAUGUGGUUAGCUGAUAGACGUCUUUUCAAUUGAAUUUGGCUCACUGGGAAGGGCGUGUACAAGGUGAUGGACUGGCUGGAGGCAGAGAGGCCUCACAGCAUCAAGCUGUUCUGGAGCUGUGUAUUCAGGGACCACCUCCUUCAGCAGUACCCCACGCUACGCCUGCUACGAAACAGCCUGCUGGACGGUCAGUGGGUCUUUGAUCUCUGGUAGUAUUAUUAUUAUUAUUUCUCUGGUACUAUCUGGUAGUAUUUUGGUUUGUCGUACAAGUCACAAGGGGUGUCACUGUGACUGUUACUACUACUAAUAUUAUGGUUUGAGGUUACUUGAAUACUUGAAUACUUGAAUACUUGAAAUGCAUUCGAUUUAUGAGGUCCAUAUGAUGGUCCCAGCCUAUAACUCUAAUAUGAACAUGUUUGAUUCAUUCUGCAUCCAAUCCCAGGGUCAUCCAGAUUGUAUGCGAAACUGCCACAGAACUUGGAGAAAGAAGAGAAGGAGGAAGAGGAGAAAGAGGAGAAGGAAAAGAAGAGGAAGGCCCCGGGGGAGGGAGAAGAGAAGGAGGAGGGGGAGGAGGAAAAGAAGACAGGAAAGAAAAAGAGGAAACAGAAGAUAAGUGAGAGUGCUAAGAAGGAGGAGCAGCCCAGCACGUCCACACAGUCCACCCCCAGUCAGAAGAGGAAAGUCCAGAGGCCACCCUACUGUGAGUCCCAGGCUUUACACUCUCUGGGGGGAAGGAGGAGGCCUUGAGUUGGAAAGUCUAAAGUCCCUCUGUAACUUCAAACAUACAAUACAGCUGCAAGCAGCAAUGCCGGGGUUUAGCUGUGGGCCCACUGUGCCACCAUCAGGAUAAAGAGGACACGCUUGCCAUAUAUCAAAACUCAAAAUCAAACUGAUUAUGCAAUAUGCUUUCGAUGUAUUUUGGACAAUUUUUAAUCAUGUUGACUGCUUUAAACGUCUUCUUCUCCAGAACUACUGGACCAAUCGGCAUCAAAUUUGGUAUAUACUGUAGCAUCUAUAUUGCUGGUAUAAAGCAGUAUUUUCAAAGACUCUAGCUGAAACAAUAUGGCCACUUUGAGCCAAUGAGCUUGCAUGAAUGUUUUUUCCUGUCCAACAGCGCCACCAUGCAGCCAAACUGAACCAUACUUUACAGGUUAGCUAGACUCAUAUCCCUGAGUAUGUGUGCCAAAUUCCAUCACUCUGUGUCAAAAAGAUCAAGAGAUGCAAACAUGUGCCUGUUAUAGUGCCACCAUGUGGUCGAUCUGAAUGUGCUUGCAUAUGUUGAGUCUUGACAGUGUUUGGAACACGUGUACCAAGUUUUGUUACAAUACGAAUAUACGCAUCUGAUUUAUAUGCACUUAUGUGCCAGACCACGCCCACAUUAAUGUUUGUUGGUCAGUAGCAUCCAUGUUGUUUGAGAUGCUAGCCUGAAAAAUAUUGUGUUGAGAGAUCUUGGUCCAUAGAUGCCAUAUAUCAAGUUUUGUGCAGAUCGGUCAGUCUGUACCAGAGGAGUCUCGUUUUAAGUGUUUUUCACAAAAUUCAAAAUUCCGGACUUUAUGGCUCUGCCAGAACCACCCAAUCAGAAAGAGCAAAAACAAAAAAGUAAUACAUUAUUAUUACCAAAACAUUUUCCAUCACUUAGCUGGGUAAUAGCCUUUCUACCCUCCACCUCUGAAAUGGGGGCAUCUAUACCAUCAGCUUGUUCUGUGGAAAUUUUAGGCAACUCUAACGUACCAAAAAAAGAUAUUAUAAUCUGCCUCCACCGAGUUAUCCUCUGACUGGUAUAGACUCCUGUAAAAAUCAUAGAAAACCUCAUUAAUAGCCUUUGUGUCAGUAAUUAACUUAUUCUCCUAAUUCAUUAUUGCAGUAAUAGUAUUACUGGCAUCGCUUUUCUUAUAUGUUAAUUUUCUCAACUACUGUACAUGUGAUAAACAUCAUAAAAUCCUAUAGCUUUCACGAUGUGUCAGAAACGAUUGGAGGUACUGGGAACACUCUGUCUACCUUUAAAAUAAUACCUUAUACACUAUGAGACUCUGAUCAAAAGUAGUGCGCUAAAUUGGGUAUAUACUACACGCUUAGGAUUUUUUUUUAACCUAGAACCUGAAAGGGUUAUUUGGCUGUUCUCAUAGGAAAACUCUUUGAAGACCCCUUUUUAGGUCCAUGUUCCUUUCCAUAGAGGGUUUUGACCUCUGUCUUUCUCUGUGCUCUAGGGACGUGUGGGAAGAGUACCCAUACGGCGCAGCGCUGGGUGACCCCGGUGGAGCUCCCGGUCACCUGUGGGGACAAAGAGGGCAUGCUCAACAGGGACAAGCUGGCCAAAGGUGGGUGGUAAAAAUUGACUUAAUAUGAUGUGAUUCUUUGUGUUUGUGUGUAAUGGUGGAUGUGGUUCGGCCCGAAUAACCUUGCCUAAAAACUUAACACCAACACUGGGGUUCUAUUAUACCACUGAGUCACUGAGUGUUCAUUUAACUCCUGAAUCAACACUAUAAAUGUUACACUGAAAAACACUAGGUAACACUGGCCAAUUUGCUAUGUACCAUAUAAUACACUGCUGGUUCACCCUGGCUGUGUCCGAAAUCUGUUUUGCCUACUACUUACUAAAACUAUAUACUGUGUACUAUUCGUGCUACAUACUAUUUAGAACGAACUGUUUAGUAAAAAUGAAUGCAGUAAGUUACAAAUAUCAACAUACUAGGCUCACCCAUCCUGAGAAUGCGUCAUCUAAUGCGCAAUUGCAUUAAUUCCCACCAUUCGUUCAUUUGGGUACAGUCCGAUAAUCAGUCUAGAAAGUCGAUUCUAUUCCUCAAAAGUGUGCAGCGAAUUCUACAAAAUGAAAAGCCGAAAUGAGUUUAACAUCCUGGCAUUUAAAGCAUACUCGAUUUUCGAAAUUUCACGUACUAUAAAACUUCUAUUUAGAACCCUUCUUACCUUCCAAAGAAUCCUUCUUGCCUUCCAAAUAAUCAUAAAAUAACCAUUUGUUCCAGUACGGUUCUUAUGAUGAAGAAGGGUCUAGGUAGAAAGAACCCUUUCACUUACAAAGAACCCUCAUCUUCCAAAAAGGGUUAAUCAGAUGAAAACAGUUCUUGGCAGAAUCCUAUCCCUCCACAAAGAAUUUUAGGAAAAAUAUGAAACCCUAGUGUGUAUGAUGUCUGACUUCCUCAUUGGUCUGUCUCAGGGGAGAGUUGCAUUGUGGUCCAGGGUCUCUGGUUCACCCCAAGUGGCUUUGAGGAGUUUGGGGGGAAGAAGAGCAGUAAGAACUGGAAGUACAGUAUCCGCUGUAUAGACACCACUCUGGGAAAACUGAUCCAGGUACAGCAUAUAGCUGAUUUUCAUACUUUUAUCAAGCCCAUAAGAUUUGUACAAUGUUGUCAUACACUACACUCUAGGUCUAG